GCAAUCGCUGACUCUCAAAUCCUCUUUUCCCAUGAAACCCUCUUCCAAAUUAGGCUUCUUCUCCUCAUAUUCAACCGUCACCUACACCUACCACAAUGACCAAACUACCCCUCCUCCAUCCACCAAUUCCACUCAGCUCCCUCCCCAAUCCCAAUCCCACGCUGCUCUCACCAUCCAAUCCGCUUACCGGGCCCACCGGAUCCGCACCCUCUACCGCAAAAUCUCCGCCGUCGAUUCCGAAGCCGACCAGCUACAGCGCCUCAUCCAGCGCCAGGACACCGUCGAUGCCGUCCGCACCAACCACCUCGAGAAACUUCGAAUGAACGAAGCCCUCAUGGCUCUCUUGCUCAAGCUCGAUUCCGUCCCUGGAAUCGAUCCAACGGUGAGGGAGGCUCGGAGGAAGGUGACCCGUCGGAUCGUUGGCCUGCAGGAGAUACUUGACUCUGUUUCGGAAUCCAAGGUGGAUGAAUGCAAUUGGUGCUCCAUCAAGAAUUGGGACGAAUUCAUAGCAGACAUGGAAGAAAGUGUCUGUAGAGAAAGAGGUGGCGAUGAAAUGGAAAAAUUUUGUGCUCAAAAUCUCGGCUUUCGCUGCCUUCAAAGGUUUCUUCGUGAACCCUAAUUCACCCCUUUUACAUAUACAUGUACACUACUGUAACCUGUUGUAUAAUAGGAUAUCUUAAGUUACCUACCUUAAAAUCUUUGUGCAUCAGUUUAGGUAGCUAUAGUAAAUACAAGGCAUUGAAAUGAAUAUUGUGUAAGGAAUUUAGAUUAUUAUUAUUAUAAGGAGUAUUCUCUCUCUGUUCUAAACCGAUUCAAUACUUCUUAACAAAGAUAUUUAAAGCAGUUGCAUUUCAAAUUAUUACUACGACAUGAAGAAGAAAAAUGCAGAACAAGAGCAAGAUUAUAAGAUACAUCAACUACUGGAUUUGCUUAUAUAUAAGUUAAAGUACUAAUUUGGUGGAGGAGAUAGGUGCUGGUUGACGCAGCUGCACUUGCACUUGGACAUGCAUUUCUUGCAGUCAGAGAGAGUUGGGUAGCCAUUGUUGCUGUCACAUUUCUUGCUGCAAUGGGACCUUGAGUUACCAUCCCACAAGCACCGAGCCAUGCAGUGGAGGAUUGGCGUGCAUGAUGGACAAGCCUUUUUCAUCUGGUUUAUGAUGCAGUCUUUGCAGCCACGUCCAUCUGUGGGUGGACAACUACUCAUGAUAGGUGAAGCCACCAUCAACAUAAUCAGCAAAAUAGCUUGUGCUUGGACUAUUGCUAUGUGCUUCUUCCUCUCCAUUGGAACUAGAAUGUUUCUGCGGUGUUCUUCACUUCCACAUAUAAUAAAAUUUGGCAAACGUUGGUGGGAAUGAAAGAACUCAGAUUCACACUAGGCAUCGAUAGUGAGGAAGCAUUUAAUUUCUUGGUUGACCUUGCAAUUAAACACCACAUUUACUGGCUUUCUUGGUUUGCACAAUAUGCCAUCGCUAUCCUUUAAGCAAACAAGGUCAAUCAACAAAGAAUUAUUCUCAGGUUUUUGGUAACCUCAAUCCUUCGAUCCAAUUUAAGCAUAUGCAAAUAAAAAAAAAAUACAUA